GCGGCGAUGUAAGGCUUGUGUUCUGGUUCUGGUGACUUACGUCGACGAUGUUCCUCUCAUGGUCCAUUAUUGUGGCCGCGGUUGCCUUGCUGGCCGUGCAGCUGAGCGCAGGUGAGAGAACGUCCUGCGUGCUCUGGUCCAGCGCGGGAGACGUGGUGCGGCGAGGCACCAGCUUCGUGGUUUACUGCACCUUUAACCCCACAUGCAAGACCUCCAGGUCCAUCUCUAGAUUCGACAGCAGCACCAGCUUUGAAAAGCAGACGCACGAUCAGCACAACGAGACAACCAUAUCCCUGAGGGUGGAGAACAUUACAGAGAAGACGACGUACAGCUGUUCGGCUAACUGUAACCCCUCACUGGACGACUGUGGAGUGGACAUCUCAGCCGGAUACCCACCAGAUCGGCCCAGAAACAUUUCGUGCAUCUACAGGAUCUUAAAAAACGACACCGGACGUGUGAAUUGCUCUUGGGACAGAGGACGGGACACUUAUCUUUGGAACCGCUACGUGCUGUGGGUCAGUACUGGAAGUGGAAACCACAUAGGAGGACCGGUCCCGAUGUGCAACGUGUCCAAUAAAGGAACCGAGUCGCCGUCGGCUAAUUUCACUCUGCACAGAUCUGCCCGGCUCAUGGCGGUGUGGGUCCAAGCCCAGAACUCGCUGGGUUCUGUUAACUCCUCCGUCGUCAACUACACGCUCAGUGAUAUCGUGAUGCCGUCGACGCCCGUUGUUGAUCGAGUCGAGUGCUCUUCCAGGAACUGCGCCAUCAAAGUGGAGCAGCCUUUGCGGACUCAGCAUCUGCAGAUCCAGUAUCGCGCCGAGCGGCAGCGAGACUGGACAACGUAUCCAGACUCUGCUGGACUGUUUACUUCAUCCAAUACCAAGCAUAUCUCCUCCUUGGAGCCAUGCAGCCUGUACAGUUUCAGAGCCCGGUCCAGAUUCAGCACCGGCCUGUGGAGUCAGUGGAGCCCGACCAUCGCUAACCGCACCGAAGAAGAGGCUCCUGCCCAUGCUCUGGAUGUGUGGCUCGCCACCGACCUUCAGUCCAUCAGAGUCUACUGGAAAGAGUCCAUCAAGUCCGUCUGCAGUGGGAGCAUCAGCCAGUACACCAUCAAGGUUAACAACAGGGUCGUCACGAGGGUCGGUCCGGAUAUCAAGAACCAUUCUGUCCCUCCCUGCACCGACUGUGAAGUGACAGUACAGGCUGUGAACUCUAAAGGCUCGUCGCCUCCAGCAACCAUAACAACCCAUCACACAAAAGCCAAGCCUGUUCUUGAUGUUCAAGCCUCAGCAGUCAACCACUCUGUCACCAUCUCCUGGAUAAAACCCAAAACUGCAUGUGCCUACUAUGUGGUGGAGUGGUACUCCCAGGGGCACAUGUUGGACGAGCUCAGAUGGGUCAGACUGGGCGGGAAUGAAACCUUCAUUAUCAUCUCAGACAUUAAAUCAUGGCAGUGCUAUGAAGGAGCAGUGUAUGUUUUCUACAACGAGAGCUCAGUCAGCAAGACCAGCUUUCAACGGAUUGCCACUUUGGAGGCAGCUCCGGAGAUAGGUCCAUUGGUCCAAGAAAAGGUGGAGGGGAACAAAGUGACGGUUGAAUGGAAGGACCUUCCCAGGGCCCAGCGCAGGGGAUGCAUCACAAGGUUUACCAUCUAUCUGGAGAACAGCAAAGGAGAACAAAAGAGUUACUUUGCACAAGCAUCAAAAAGGGCGUUCGAGAUUGAAGGUCUACCUCCCGAUCUCUACAGCCUAUGCAUGAGUGCUUCGACUUCGAAAGGAGAAGGUCCUGCAGGUCAGAAGAUCAAGUUCUACAUUGAGGAAGAUGACCAGCUCUCCCCUGUGCUGAUGGGUUUAUUGGUCACCGUCAUGUUGUUGUUUACCUUGUGUCUGUGGAAGAGCUCAGCCGUAAAGAAUAGCACACUGCUGAACAGUGGUUACUUCCCCCAGGUGGCUUCCCUCGGCACUGUGCCACUUGACACGCAGAGGUAG